CGGGAAGUGUACGAACUACCACCGAGAUGGCGUCACCGCCAAGCGGAAUCGCUGAAGCUAUUGAUAUCAUCAGUGAAGACCUCCGGCAGUGCAGAAUCGCUGCACCUAUUGACGUCAUCAGCGAAGACCUUCUUCAGAACAUCGUCUCUAGACUUCCGGCAGUCUCCUUCGCCUCCGCCGCUUGCGUCAGCCGCUCUUGGAACGUCGUUUGCGAUCGCGUCCUUUCUCGUCCGAAGCUCGCCUCUGCAUGCUCCUUCAAUCACACUCUCCAGGAUGCUGUAGAAGAGGUGGUUAAUAAAGUAUUAUCGGAGCCGAUUCGUCCUCACUUUGCCAUUGCUUCGUUUGGUGGUUAUCAUGAGGAGAGUUGUUUGGGAGAGGCUCACCAACUCAUUACUGCAGCACUAGGCGCUCAUGUUCCAGUCAUUAGUAAUCAUCCCGACGGAAUAAUUGGAAAGGGUGCAAUCUCUGAUAAAGUCUAUGAGGUUGAGUGGUAUUUUCGUCCAGACGAGGUUGAUUCAGUAAUGUUGAUUGUUGGAUUUCUACCAGGGUUGAAAGUCACAAUAAUCCCGCUUUUAAAGCAAAUUCAGGAACCAGAAACUGUCAUGAUUGACGAAUUUGUAACAGACAUCAGGGAGUUCUCAACUUCGGUUUCAGGGUGUGACUCCCCUGCUGCCAUAAUAAUGUUCGCUGACCAUUAUUAUGCAGACAUGAGAGAGGUUAUAGAGCACUUAGAUUAUGCCAUGUCACCAGAAACCGUCAUUGUUGGUGAUGCUUUAUCUAAGUUCCGAUUUACCAAUGAUGCUCAAUUUGGUAGUUCUGCUGCUGUUUCCUUGGUAUUUGCAGUGGAAAUGAAUAAACCUCCUGGUAUAGGAGAAACUCAAUUUCAUGCUGUAUUAUCAAGCGGAUUGUCACCAGUAGGCCCCACAUACACCACAUCUGUUAUUGAGAAAACUGGUGUUUUUACUGAUAUUGCUGCAAGAAGAGAAGGGUCGGUUGAUAAUAUUGAUGGCGAAACUCUUUUGAAUCAAGUUAAAGAUGAAUUAGGAGGUGAAGAUAAGUUUUGGGAUCUCUUCAUUGGGGUAACAAAGAAAAGAAAAUACUCCAUUCGUCAAGAAAAGGUUGGAAGUAUGACGUCUCUUGCAUUCCAUCUCGUUCUUGGGCGUUCCCCGCGGGGUUUUUAUGUUCAUGGUGGGGGCCUCAAAACCGACGACACAUUCCGUUUUUACUACUCAAAUCCUACCACUGCGCUAUCUUCUACUGCGGCUGUCUCUAGCCAUCUGAGAUCUUUCAAUCAAGGGAGGAACGACACCACUGUCGUUGAUAAGGUGGAGGUGUUCGGUGGUCUUAUAUUCGCUUGUCCUGAUACUUUUGACAAACCAAACAUUAAGAGCUCGCCAUUUUUGGACAACUUUCCCGGUGUGACUCUUGGCGGGAGUUUUUGUAGCAGCAUGAUUGGACGUCGUGUUUUAACCAAGUAUGUUAAAGAAUCUCAAGAACAAAAAGAGGUGCAAUGUUGCGUGCACGUUAACGGUAGUGUCUAUUUGAUCAUGUCAUACACUCCUAGUUUAAAUUAAUUAGAGUAGUUAAUGUGGUUUUUGUAUUGGGAUUUAACGGCAGAAAAUGUUUAUCCUUUUGUGAACUUAGUGAUACUGAGUGUAUUUUUGCAAGUUCUUUGUAAAUGUCAACUUCAAAUUUCAUACUCAA